GCAGCGGCGGCAGAGAGCGAUGGGAGCAGACAGUUGGGGGAGGGGUCUGUGUGUGUGUGUAUACACUGUAGGACUCAGCAGCAGCGGCAGCAACUCUACAGCCGUAGUAAAGUCUCUAACGGUCGGCCCCCUUUUUUUGACCGAAAGCCUCGUACAAAAAGUUGAUAAAUGACGGGGGACUUAUCGAAAACCGGGUGAAGCAGCACUUGCUCGCCCCGAAGUCCUCCUUUAUAUUAUCGCGGAGGACUAGGGGACACUUUUAAUUCGUCCGUUUGUUUUCAAAUGAAGCAACCGAGAAAUGCCAGUGGAAAUGCUACAUCCGAAUCCAAUGCCUCCCUAGGUUUGUCACCGAUCCAAACCCAUACGCUUGUGUGGAUCUGAGGGAGCUUUGCCAGCGUUGGAGCCCAGCGAUGUGGAGCAGCAUGCUUUACAAUGAGACGGACGCCAUCGUGGACCUCCAGCUCUCCCAGGAUUUGGGCCUCAUCCUGUCGAUCCUUUCCCUCGUCUACCUCCUGGUCUGCUUCCCUUUGGGGCUGUGCUAUAACAUCCUGCUGGUCGCGGUGAACCUCUCCAACAAGGUCUCCAUGACCAUGCCGGACGUCUACUUCGUCAACAUGGCCAUCGCGGGACUCGUGCUCAACCUGGUGGCGCCCGUGGAGCUCCUCAGCUCCACGUUCACUCGCUGGCACGCGUGGGAGUACAACGACGAGGUCCACAUUACUCUGCUCAUCCUUUUCAACAUCUCGUCCCUGGUCAUCAUGUACUCCACCACGCUGCUCAGCCUGGACUACUACAUAGAGCGGGCGCUGCCGCGGACGUACAUGUCCAGCGUUUACAACACCAAGCACGUGUGCGGCUUCAUUUGGGGCGGCGCCGUGUUGACCAGCUUCUCCUCGCUGCUCUUCUACGUGUGCAACCACAUCUCCACCAAGAUGGUCGAGUGCUCCAAGAUGCAGAACAAGGAGGCGGCUGACGCCAUCAUGAUGUUCAUCGGUUACGCCGUUCCGGCCGUGGCCGUGCUUUACGCUUUCGUGCUCAUUUUGCGCAUCAGGAAGGAGUCCACUCCUCUGGAUCAGGACUCGGCUCGCUUGGAUCCAUCUAUACACCGGCUGCUGCUGGCGUCGGUGUGUGUGCAGUUUGUCCUAUGGACCCCGUACUACAUGACCCUCCUGGUGCACACGAUCGCCGGUGCGCCAGGGUACAUCAGCAACGGGCAUUACCUGCCUUCCUAUCACUUCAUGAGGUGCGUGUCAAAGCUGCUGGCGUUCUCCAGCAGCUUUGCGAUGCCUCUCAUGUACAGACAGAUGAACAAAAACUUCUCCGGCAAGCUUCAGCGGCUGCUCAGGAGGCUGCAUUGCAGGGACCAGUCUUGCACUCAUGAACACUCAGCAGUGCAGCAAGUGGUGACGUGAAACUCCCUCCACUCCACUCCCCCCGCCCCCUUUCCACCUCCUUGGCCCAGCCAGCACUUAUCUCUCCCCUCUCCUCACUGCGCCACCCCUGCACAACCAGUGUGUGACUGGGCUUCCUCAACUAUCUGGACUGCAUGUGGAGCGUCAUAGCUAACUGUGGAAUUUCCUGUCCCCUUCCAGAGCUUAAUCUGAUCCUUCUCUCUGCAGUGACGGAACAGAUCAAGGAAAUAAAAAAAAACAUUUGCUGCUUU